UCCCACGGAUGCAGCACGAUUUGGAAAGAGAGAGGAGAAGAAUAAAUAAAGCCGGUGGUUUAGUAACAUUUAAUGGCGUAUGGAGGGUGGCUGGUAUAUUAGCUACUUCACGUGCUCUUGGAGAUUAUCCUUUAAAGGAUAAAAAAUUAGUGAUAGCUGAUCCAGAUAUCCUAACGUUUGAUUUGAAUGAUCACAAACCUAUGUUUAUAAUAUUAGCAUCCGAUGGCUUAUGGGAUACAUUUUCUAACGAAGAGGCUGUAGCUUUCAUUAAAGAACAUAUAAAUGAGCCACAUUUUGGCGCAAAAAGUAUUACAUUACAAAGUUUUCUCAGGGGAUCUGCAGAUAAUAUUACUGUUGUUGUGAUUAAUUUGAAGAAUCGCCAAGACAACGUAUCGGAGUCAGAAAAGGACAAAUGACAAUUCUCGUCCAUACUCUGCAUGUUUAAUCCUAAGGUUUCAAAAAAAUCUAGUCAUUAAAGUAAUCUAACCUGCUACUGAUAAUUAAACUAUUGCAGAGCUGCUAUUAUAUGUAUAUAUAUAUCAUAUUUACAAUUUUAAUCUCGAUCUUGAAAACGUGGUCUUGAUAACGUAAAAAAUAAUAAUGGAAAUUAACAUAAAAAGAUUUAUAUUUUUAAUGUAUUAAUGAAUAAUUGUUUAUUUUAUUUCUACACAAAAUAAAUAAAUAAUGUUAAUUAUAUUAAUUUAAGGCGCAUCUCUGAUUCAACUACGAUAUCGCAUGAUUGAUUGAUACCACUAUUUUAUUUCAAGGAGCUAAUUAAUGAUAUAUAAUAUGGCCAAUAUGACCAUGAUAUGGCUAUCAAAUUCAAGAAGUUCAAUAAUAAAGUGAAAAAAUAGAUGUUGGUUUCAUCUGUCAAUUAAAGCUUAUGAGUGACUGUACUUGAGCAUUUGACGGAUGUUAAUUGUAGUUACUACUCAAAUUGAAAAAUUUAAUAAUUGUGGUUAUUUGCAAAGUGAUAGAAGACUUUUCAGUUUAAUGCACUGUACUUUGCAUAUGUACUUUGGUCGUUGUUACAGUUUGAAUACAACUUCCAAUAAUAAAUAAAUGUAUAUCUAAUGCGCAUAUAUGUAUGUAUACAUCGUGUAAUAUUCAUAUGUGUGCAAGUGCAUUACAUUUAUUUACAUUUAUAUGAAAAUGAAAUCGCAGGUUAUUUUAAUUCUAUCUAGGAAAAUAAACAUAUCUAGGAAAAUAAACUAUCUAGGAAAAUACACAUAUAUAUAGUGUGUUUGUGCGCUAUAUUUAAAUCGUGGGCAAAUAACCUCCAUAAGUCUAUUUACUUAACCUUUUAACCCUUGGUAAAGAAUUAAAGCCGAUCGGUUAAUGACAGUUCAGCUAAUAGCGAUGGAGUACGUAGUUCGCAAAUAUGUUACUCUGGACUCCAAAAUUAUUGUAUUUUCGAGGAGAGGGAAUGGAAUGGCAAGAAUAAAAUCUUCAAUACAGCCGUCGUCAUGAAGUGACGGGAACUCGAAAAUAAUUUCUAAAGAAGGGUAAGUUUUGUUAUAAAUAUAACUUAUAUAUUAUUUAUCUAUACGCGUACGAAAUAUCAGUUAGCAAGAAAUAGAAAACACAAGAAAAUGUAAUAUUAUAACUCAGAUAUCGGGCACUUAGAGUAGUAAGAGUAUGAAUCUGGGUUACCAUGUUGUCACGGUUCCUCUCGGAGCGGUCAGACGAACGCUCGUGACACAGAACGGCGGAAGAUGAGCUCGCCGAUUUCCACGGGUUCUUGCGACGCUAGGUUUGGUUCUCGGUGAGUUCUAGGUUCGAUGUGAGUGGGCGUGUGAGUGGGUGAGUGAAGCACGUCGUGAAUGUGGAUAACGAAAACAAAAUUUAUUCUGAUUGCUUACAGGACUUAAGUAUGCACACUUACCUCUACACUUAACUUUACACGCAAACUUACAUCUAAACGCAAACUUAUAUCUACGCGGACUUAAAUCUAAGCUUAUCUCUAACGCGAGCGUCCGGUUACGGCAGCGGUGCGGGCGGACAUGUUCGAAUCCGCGGCGGUGCGUGGCGGGUGAGUCGGUCGGUCGAGGCUCGGAUGGUAUCGCGACGGGUGAUCGAUUGGUGAUCGUAUGUGUCGGUCGACCUGGAAGCGACGCGGCGUCGGAGGUGAGUGAGACGGUCCGGCUAUCGGGGAGUCCAGAGCGCAGGGCAGACACGCCACCUCUGUGUCCUUUGGUUGCUGGAACAUCUCGGAUCAGUGAAGGGCCUCGAGAGAGGAUGAGCACAUUCACGUGGUCGUGCCUCCAGGAGGCCAAGAGCGCUUGGCCGAGGCGGUGAGCGCGCCACCUCUGAACAAAAGGAUUUGCAUAAAAUGGAUAUAAUUUUUGGACAUUUUAUAUACAAAAACAUCGAAUUUGUAGGCUAGGAAUAUGUCUGCUACUACCCUGAGUAACAUUCAAAAGCUUCUAACUGCCGCUCAUUGUUUGUUAAAAAGAUAUUCACAAAAAAGGUACAUUAAUUACGCGCGCGCGCCUGCAUGCGAAAAAUAUUUCUAUCACACCAAUUCAUCAAUAAAAUAUUUGUUUAUAUAUUUCAUGUAUUUUUUCUUUAAAAAAUGCAAGGAAUGUUAC